GCGUAACGCCUUUCCGCUACUUUCUCCCAUUUCGCGCCACCAAAAUCCCUCCUUUCAUCUUCUAAGAGCUCGCGAAUCCAUCAAAAGCCUCGCAAAACCCUCGAGAAGCCCUAGGAAAACCCUAGAGAUGUCUCAAAACCCUAACCCCUUCCCUUCUUUCCUCCCUUUUGCCCACCAAAACCUCUCAUUUCAUCUCCAGAGAGCUCAGGAUUCCGUCAAAAACCUCGCGAGAGGACUUCAAAUCGACACCUCAAAAACCUCGGAAAACCCUAAUAAAACCCUAGAAAUCGAAUUCACCUCCUCCUCAAUCGAAAUCCCUAAACCCCAAUUCCCUAACCCUUUCCCUUCGUCCCUCCCCUUUGCCCAUCAAAAUCUAUCCUCUCACCUCCAGAGAGCCAAAGAUUCCAUUAUCAACCUCUUCAAGCGGGGGCCUAGCUCUAUUCUGUGCUCAUCAUCACUGGCCAUUGCUAGGAAGAGGGAGGACGACGAAGAGAGGGUUUUGAUCAGUGAGGUUCUGAUAAGGAACAAGGAUGGGGAGGUUAUGGAGAGGAAAGAUCUUGAGGAUGUGGCGGCCUCGACGAUUAAAGCUUGCAGGCCGAACUCGGCCUUGACGGUGAAGGAGGUGCAGGAGGAUGUGCAUAGGAUUGUGCAGAGCGGGUUGUUUUCGUCAUGUAUGCCGGUUGCUGUUGACACUAGGGAUGGAAUCAGAUUGGUGUUUCAGGUAGAACCUAAUCAAGAGUUCCAAGGGUUGAUAUGUGAGGGAGCAAGUGUACUUCCAGCAAACUUUUUGGAGAAUGCAUUUGGUGAUCGAUAUGGAAAAAUAGUAAAUAUACGACAUUUGGACGAGGUGAUCAAAUCUAUCAAUGGGUGGUAUGCUGACCGUGGGCUAUUUGGUUUGGUUUCAGACAUUGAGAUCCUUUCUGGCGGAAUCCUUAGACUGCAAGUUGCUGAAGCUGAGGUUAAUAACAUAACACUACGUUUCCUUGACAGAAAAACUGGUGAACCAACGGUGGGGAAGACGAAGCCGGAGACUAUACUUAGACAACUCACAACAAAGAAGGGACAGGUUUACAGUUUGCUGCAAGGUAAAAGAGACGUGGAAACAAUUUUAACUAUGGGUAUUAUGGAGGAUGUGUCCAUUAUUCCACAGCCUGCUGGAGAUACUGGUAAGGUAGAUCUCGUGAUGAAUCUUGUCGAACGCCCUAGCGGUGGUUUCUCUGCUGGGGGUGGUAUUUCCAGUGGGAUAGCAAACGGCCCUCUCUCAGGACUCAUUGGAAGCUUUACAUAUUCUCAUAGGAAUGUUUUUGGGAGAAAUCAAAAACUUAAUCUUUCAGUAGAAAGGGGCCAAGUUGAUUCCCUUUUUCGAAUAAAUUAUAUUGAUCCAUGGAUUCAAGGAGAUAAUAAAAGGACAUCCAGAUCAAUUAUGAUUCAGAAUUCAAAGACUCCAGGAACACUUGUGCAUGGAAAUCAAGGAGGCGGUGUAACAAUUAGGCGGGUCUCAGGUGGAAUUGAAUUCAGUCGACCUUUCAGGCCAAAAUGGAAUGGAACUGCUGGGCUCAUAUUUCAGCGUGCUGGUGCUCAUGAUGACGGUGGAGCUCCAAUCAUCAGAGAUUUCUACAACAGCCCUUUAACUGCAAGUGGCAAUACUCAUGAUGACAUGCUAAUUGCCAAACUUGAAAGCAUAUAUACUGGUUCUGGCGAUCAUGGGGCCUCAAUGCUUGCCUUCAAUGUGGAGCAAGGACUUCCUGUUUUACCUGAGUGGCUCUGUUUUAACAGAGCAACUGCUCGUGCCCGGCAGGGAGUAGAAGUUGGUCCUGCUCGACUGCUAUUUAGCUUAUCUGGUGGUCACGUGGCGGGAAGGUUUCCUCCCCACGAAGCGUUUGCAAUUGGUGGGACCAACAGUGUUAGAGGCUAUGAAGAAGGUGCUGUGGGUUCUGGCCGUUCAUACGCUGUUGGCAGUGGGGAACUUUCAUUUCCCUUGUAUGGACCAGUAGAAGGUGUUCUAUUUGCUGAUUAUGGAAGUGAUCUCGGAUCAGGUGCAACUGUACCUGGUGAUCCUGCUGGAGCUCGAGGGAAGCCAGGAUCAGGUUAUGGAUAUGGGUUAGGUAUACGCAUAGACUCACCACUGGGCCCUCUCAGGCUAGAAUAUGCCUUGAAUGAUAGACAUGCUCGAAGGUUUCACUUUGGGGUGGGGCAUCGUAACUGAGCCUUUGUUGAGAUUCAGAUGGAUGGUGAGCUAGCUGUAAACUUGCUGAGGGUUUUGCCAUUGCAAAUUUUACCAGUUUUAUUGGCAUACAGUAUUAUCGAAGGAGCACAAAUAGUAAAUUAUUCUUGACAAUUUUAUCUGGUAAAAAGCCCAGAUGUGAUGCUAAGCCUUAGCUCAGUGUAAUAUGGUUCCAGUUUGUUUCUAUUUUUUUUUAAAGAGAGAAUGAAGAGGUUUCUGAAACUAGUA